AGCGGCGGCGCAGGAGUGAGGGGUGGGGGGCAGAGUGCUAGCGCCCCGGCGGCGCGGGUCUGGAACCCGAGGACGUCGGCCUCACGGCGGGGAGCGCACGCGAGGGAGCUCGAGGCGGCGCGGUGGCCACUCGGCGAAGCACCCAGGUGGAAAUGAGCUCCCAACAGUUUCCUCGGCUAGGGACCCCUUCGAGUGGGCUGAGCCAGCCACCUUCACAGAUUGCAAACAGUGGUUCUGCAGGAUUGAUAAACCCAGCUGCUACAGUCAAUGAUGAAUCCGGUCGAGAGCCUGAAGUCAGUGCCAGGGAGCACAUGGGUUCCAGCAGCUCCCUCCAGGCCCGGGAGGAGAAGCAAGAGCCUGUUGUGGUAAGGCCCUACCCACAAGUGCAGAUGUUGUCCACGCAUCAUGCCGUCGCAUCAGCCACCCCUGUCGCGGUGACAGCCCCACCAGCACACCUGACGCCAGCAGUGCCACUUUCAUUUUCGGAGGGACUUAUGAAGCCGCCCCCGAAGCCCACUAUGCCUAGCCGUCCCAUUGCUCCUGCUCCACCUUCUACCUUGUCACUUCCACCCAAGGUUCCAGGACAGGUUACUGUUACCAUGGAGAGUAGCAUCCCUCAAGCUUCAGCCAUUCCUGUGGCAACGAUCAGUGGACAACAGGGCCAUCCCAGUAACUUGCAUCAUAUCAUGACCACAAAUGUACAGAUGUCCAUUAUCCGCAGCAAUGCUCCUGGACCCCCUCUUCACAUUGGAGCUUCUCAUUUACCUCGAGGUGCAGCUGCUGCUGCUGUGAUGUCCAGUUCUAAAGUAACCACAGUCCUGAGGCCGACCUCACAGUUGCCAAAUGCUGCCACAGCACAACCAGCAGUACAGCACAUCAUUCACCAACCAAUCCAGUCUCGUCCACCUGUGACCACCUCCAAUACCAUCUCACCUGCUGUGGUAGCAACGGUCUCAGCCACCAGAGCUCAGUCCCCAGUCAUCACUACGACAGCAGCACAUGCUACUGAUUCAGCUCUGAGAAAUGAGAAUGAGCUGGGCACUGUGGUAUGCUCCUGCAGUUUUAGCAGUCGGCCCACUUUGUCUAUCCAGCAUCCACCAUCUGCAGCAAUUAGCAUCCAGCGUCCUGCCCAGUCUCGGGAUGUCACGACGAGGAUCACACUACCAUCUCACCCUGCGUUAGGGACACCAAAACAGCAGCUUCAUACGAUGGCUCAGAAAACCAUCUUCAGUACUGGUACACCAGUUGCUGCAGCAACGGUAGCACCUAUUCUGGCAACCAACACCCUUCCUUCAGCAACCACAGCUGGAUCUGUGUCACACACGCAAGCUCCCACGAGUACAAUUGUUACCAUGACAAUGCCCUCCCAUUCAUCCCACGCGACUGCUGUGACCACCUCCAACAUCCCAGUUGCUAAGGUGGUGCCUCAGCAGAUCACACACACGUCUCCAAGGAUCCAGCCUGAGUACCCUGCAGAGAGGAGCAGCCUGAUUCCCAUCUCAGGACACCGGGCCUCUCCAAACCCCGUGGCCAUGGAGACCCGGAGUGACAGCAGACCAUCCGUUCCUGUUCAGUUUCAGUACUUUUUGCCAACUUACCCACCCUCUGCAUACCCCCUGGCCGCACACACCUACACCCCAAUUACCAGUUCUGUGUCCACUAUUCGACAGUACCCAGUUUCAGCUCAGGCUCCAAACUCCGCCAUCACAGCUCAGACUGGUGUUGGGGUCGCAUCUACAGUCCAUCUGAACCCCAUGCAGUUGAUGACAGUCGAUGCGUCGCAUGCGCGACAUAUCCAGGGGAUCCAGCCUGCACCCAUCAGUACACAGGGGAUCCAGCCAGCACCCAUCGGAACUCCAGGGAUACAGCCAGCACCAAUUGGCACACAGGGAAUCCACUCAGCGGCUCCAAUCAGCACUCAAGGACUUCAGCCUGCACCAAUGGGUACUCCGCAACCACAACCUGAAGGAAAGACUUCAGCCGUGGUACUGGCGGACGGAGCCACAAUUGUAGCCAACCCUAUCAGCAGUCCAUUCAGUGCUGCCCCAGCAGCAACCACUGUGGUGCAGACCCACAGCCAGAGUGCUAACACCAAUGCCCCUGCCCCGGGCUCUUCCCCCCGGCCAAGCAUACUCCGGAAGAAGCCUGCCACGGAUGGAAUGGCAGUGCGGAAAACCCUCAUUCCUCCCCAGCCUCCUGAAGUGGCCAGUCCUCGAGUGGAGAGCUCGAUGCGAAGCACGUCUGGGUCACCAAGGCCUGCAGGUGCCAAACCUAAAUCUGAAGUCCACGUGUCUAUGGCCACUCCAGUCACUGUGUCCAUGGAGACCGUAUCGAAUCAAAAUAAUGAUCAGCCUACCAUUGCGGUCCCUCCCACUGCCCAGCAGCCUCCACCAACCAUUCCAACCAUGAUUGCCGCCGCCAGUCCCCCCUCACAGCCAGCUGUUGCGCUCUCAACCAUUCCUGGAGCAGUCGCCAUCACUCCACCCAUCACUACUAUUGCAGCUGCACCACCACCAACAGUCACUGUGGGUGGCAGCCUCUCCUCUGUCAUAGGGCCUCCUGUACCUGAAAUCAAAGUAAAAGAGGAAGUAGAGCCAAUGGACAUCAUGAGGCCAGUUUCUGCAGUUCCUCCGCUGGCCACCAAUACUGUGUCUCCAUCUCUCGCAUUGCUGGCAAACAACCUGUCCAUGCCUCCAAGUGACCUGCCACCCGGUGCCUCCCCGAGGAAGAAGCCUCGAAAACAGCAGCAUGUGAUCUCAACAGAAGAAGGGGACAUGAUGGAGACAAACAGCACUGAUGACGAGAAAUCCACUGCCAAGAGUCUGCUGGUGAAGGCCGAGAAGCGCAAGUCCCCGCCCAAGGAGUACAUUGAUGAAGAAGGUGUGAGGUAUGUGCCAGUUCGUCCAAGACCUCCCAUUACUUUGCUUCGUCACUACCGGAACCCUUGGAAAGCUGCCUACCACCACUUUCAGAGGUAUAGUGACGUCCGUGUCAAAGAGGAGAAGAAAGCUAUGCUGCAGGAAAUAGCUAACCAGAAAGGCGUGUCCUGCCGUGCCCAGGGCUGGAAAGUCCACCUCUGUGCCGCCCAGUUACUGCAGCUGACAAAUCUGGAGCAUGACGUUUAUGAAAGGCUUACCAACCUGCAGGAAGGAAUAAUCCCAAAGAAAAAAGCGGCGACUGAUGAUGAUCUGCACCGGAUAAAUGAACUAAUACAGGGAAAUAUGCAGAGGUGCAAGCUGGUGAUGGAUCAAAUCAGUGAGGCCAGAGACUCCAUGCUUAAGGUUUUAGAUCAUAAGGAUCGCGUCCUGAAGCUUCUAAACAAGAACGGGACUGUCAAAAAAGUGUCGAAAUUGAAGAGAAAAGAAAAAGUCUAGACCAAGAAGAAUCAGGAAUUUUGAAAGAGAAUUUAUGAAAAAUGACCGUGGGGGUGGGGGAAGGUUAUGGUUGUUUUCAGAGGAGCAUUGAAAUAAAAGUAGUGUUCCUUCAUUCACACGUGAAAGCAGAGGGACCCAUGGCAUCUGGUGGCAUAAGCGGAUCAGAGCUGACUCGACCCAGUGAGCCCCGAUUCCUUUAGGCACGUCCUGUUAAAUCUGCCCUGUGUCCCUGUGACUCCUGAUGUGCAGGGACACGGAGGGCUGCCUGGCGUGUUUCUGCCUCCCUUUACAGACUCGGCGGAUUCCUUCAGGACCCACGGUGAACCUGGAUUGAAAGUGUCCACCCGGACCACCUGUCAUCUCUACACGGAAAGAAAGCCUCUUCUCCUUGCCCUGGUCGGUUCUGCCUGACCUUCAGAUGCCCCAGCUGGCCUUCACAGUCGUGCCACAGCACCAGGAGAGGCUGCCACGUCGCACACUAAAGAGUUUGAACAAUCAGUUCUUGUUGCUUUUUUAAAGAAUCAUUUCCAAGUGAAGUUGUUACACUGUCUGUCCUGCGUGUAUCAGAGUUAGAUUUUUAUGGAGAUUCCAAGCAGGCAACCUAAGUUGCCCUGAGAUCCUGUUCUGAAGUACGUUCUGGUUCUCUGUACUUCUGUAGCUGGUGUGAUGCUGUUAAUUGUGUGUUCCACACAUCUCCAGACGUUAAUAAAGGACUCAAAGAUG